AUGAGGAGACCAGGAGGAGCCAUGAGGAGACCAGGAGGAGCCAAGAGGAGACCAGGAGGGGCCAAGAGGAGACCAGGAGGUGCCAAGAGGAGACCAGGAGGAGCCGAGAGGAGCCAAGAGGACACCAGGAGGAGACCAGGAGGAGACCAAGAGGAGAACAGGAGGAGCCAUGAGGACACCAGGAGGAGCCAAGAGGAGACCAGGAGGAGCCAUGAGGAGACCAAGAGGAGACCAGGAGGAGCCAAGAGCAGACCAGGAGGAGACAAGAGGAGACAAGAGGAGACCAGGAGGAAGCAAGAUGAAACCAGGAGGAGCCGAGAGGAGACAGGAGGAGCCAAGAGGAGACCAGGAGGAGCCAAGAGGAAACCAGGAGGAGCCAAGAGGAGACCAGAAGGAGCCAAGAGAAGACCAGGAGGAGCCAAGAGGAGACCAGGAGGAGCCAUGAGGAGACCAGGAGGAGCCAAGAGGAGACCAGGAGGAGACCAGGAGGAGCCAAGAGGAUCCAAGAGGAGACCAGGAGGAGACCAGGAGGAGCCAAGAGGAGACCAGGAGGAGCCAAGAGGAGCCAAGAGGAGACCAGGAGGAGACCAGGAGGAGACCAGGAGGAGCCAAGAGGAGACCAGGAGGAGACCAGGAGGAGACCAGGAGGAGCCAAGAGGAUCCAAGAAGAGACCAGGAGGAGACCAGGAGGAGCCAAGAGGAGCCAAGAGGAGACCAGGAGGAGCCAAGAGGAGCCAAGAGGAGACCAGGAGGAGACCAGGAGGAGACCAAGGAGCCAAGAGGAUCCAAGAGGAGACCAGGAGGAGCCAAGAGGAGACCAGGAUGAGACCAGGAGGAGCCAAGAGGAGCCAAGAGGAGACCAGGAGGAGCCAAGAGGAGACCAGGAGGAGCCCUGAGACAGACAGCCUUCAGACUCACAUCAUCAACAUUUAA